CUUAGUAAACCAAUUACGUCAUCAGUGUAAAACAUAUUUAUUUACUCUUAAAAGUUAUUUCACAAGGUCCGCAAAAUCAAGAUUUGGAAAAAUUCUUUAGAUAUUUGUAACUCAUGGAGGUUUUCCUUGUGAUCAAACGUGAAAAAACAUCAAUUUUUCUGGAUGUUAAGGAAACAACAUAUGUGUAUGAAAUAAAGUCAACACUAGCAACACUUUUAAAGAAGAACACUGAUGAUAUGUGUUUGCUUUACAAAGAUAGUAUAUUAGAUGAAAAUAAAACUGUUGCAGAGUAUGGGUUAACAAUGCAAACUACUAAACCUCAAACUCCUGCAUUGAUUGGUCUUGUUUAUAGAAUAUCAGAAAUGGAUUUUGAAGAAUUAAAUAUCAUCCCUGUAUCAUUACCAAAUGAAUUACCAGGUACAAUGAAGCCUCAAGAUUCACCUGCUGCUGGUUCAUAGAUUGGUAAAAAAAAAGCUUGCUGCUGCGUUUUGUACAAUCUUUUCAACUGCUAGAAACGUUUUCUGCGAAUAUUGACAUAUGAAAAUAUCACGAUUGCAUUUCUGAAGGCUUAAGAACUUUUUUUUUGCAUUUUUUCUGUUGUACUACUUUUUUUAAAUGUAGUUUGAUAUUUUAGUGUUUUUGAAUUUUUGAAAAAUAACUGUUAAAUUAAGCUGCAGUUGAAUUAAUAUGUAUUUGUAAAAAGUUCAGAAGUUUGUUUGUUUAUGAA